GAAAUGUCCAAAGAAGGAUUGCGCUGUGCUGCCCUUGCCUACCGAAAUUUUACUGACGGAGACAUACCUGAAAGCAACCUCGUUCUAUUGGCUAUCAUUGGUAUAAAGGAUUCUUGUCGGCCAGGCAUAAGUCGGGCAAUCCAACAAUGUCGUAAUGCUGGAGUAAAGGUGUGCAUGGUGACAGGCGACGACCUUCUGACUGCCAAAGCAAUAGCGAUGCAGUGCGGGAUACUGAGAGGAACCUUAGACGAGCCUGCGAAUACAGCAAUCUUAGCAAGCGAAUUUGCUUCGAUGUCAGAAGCAGACAGAGAAGAAAUUGCUGAAAAUAUUGUAGUGAUGGGUCGAUCUUCUCCUGAUGAAAACCUUCUUCUACUUGAAGCACUGAGAAAGAAGGGACACGUGGUUGCAGCAACUGGAAAGGGAAUCCGUGAUGCUCCGAGCCUGCGCCAGGCGAAUAUCAGUCUUGCAAUGGGCAUUGGGGGGACUGCAAUUGUUAAAGAAUGCUCUGAUAUCAUUAUAUUGGAGGACAAUUUUACUUCGAUUGUCAAGGUCAUCCAAUGGGGACGUUUUUUAUACACAAAUGCUCAAAGAUUUCUCCAGUUCCGGCUAACUGUCAACGCAUCAGCUCUAAUUAUAUGUGUUGUUGUGGCGGUUCAUUCUCAUGAAAUUCCCCUAAACGUUGCGCAGCUUCUGUGGAUUAAUCUUCUCACUUUUACUUUUGGAGCAUGGGCCUUGGCAUCAGAACCACCAAUGGACAACUUAAUGCGAAGGCCUCCGGUUCGUAAAGGGUAUGAAAACGGUUCAGUAAAUAAUAUUUCAAUGGACAGAUUCCUUAAUUACCAUAUAUGAUGGUGACUGCAUGACCAUAUCAAACUUUUUUUAAGCUUUCUGCAAUUCCAAAAAUCUGU